AAGCGAGCGACGGUUCGGCGCGAGCUCGUUCCUGGCCGGAUCUGGUCGUUCGAGCAGCAGGUGCAAGGCCUGAUCUACGUGCACGUGCCUGUGCGAAUGACGGCCGUCAAACUCGACGCCGGCGGGCUGCUGCUGUACUCGGCGGUGGCGCCGACGGAGGAGCGCCUAGUACCAUGCCUCCAGAGUACCGAACCCAGUGUGGGCGCCGUCCGCCAUAUCCUCCUGCCGACGGUCGCGUUGGAGCACAAGUACUUUGCGGGCGCGUUUGCGGACGCGCGGCCGGACGCGCAGCUCUGGGUGGCGUCGGCGCAGUACUCGUUCCCGCUCGACUUGCCGCUCGACCUGCAGGGUAUAUCUCCCCGCGGCGGCGGUGCGGCGGAGGGCGGCGCAGACGCUUCCGACCGGCCCGAGUGGGCGGAGCAGCUGCCGUACAAGGUGCUCGGUCCGAUCGCGGAGAGCGUGGGCGCCUUCCAGGAGGUCGUCUUGUUUGACAGGCCGACGGGGACGCUGCUGGUGACCGACCUGGUUGUGGGGGUGCCGACCGCGCCGCCAGAAGUGCUGCGCGUGAACGAUGACCGCGCGCUGCGCUUCCACUCCCGCGACUCGCCGGCGGAGGAGGCGGUCGCAACUGACGAGGCGCGCGCCAUUGGGUGGAAGAAGAUCUGCCUCUUCGCGCUCUACUUCCAGUCGUCGCCGCUCGCGGUCGCAUCGCCUCCCGACGGUUCCCCGGCGGGUGCUGUCCGUUUCUUCCGCUCCGCCUUCUCGGCGGAGGUGCCCGCCGAGGCGCGCGCGCUCGGCUGGAACGGUUUCAUCGCGUGGAGCUGGAAGCCGGACUGGCGCGACGCGUUCGAGGCGCUGCGGGGCGGCGGCAGCCCCCUGGUCCCUCCGAUCAUACAGGUGGCCAUCCUCAACCGCGAGCCAAGGCGCGUGCUCGAGUUUGUGCGUGCUGUCGGCGCCGAGUUUGCCUUCACGCAGAUCGUGCCGUGCCAUUUCGACGCGCCGGUGUCGGCGACGCCGAAGGAGUGGAGCGAGGCCUUCAACUUUCUCCGC